AUGUCUAUAUCCCUGGUUUCCAACACAUACCUCGAAGAAACCUCAUCGAAAUUCCGCUCGAAGCCGGUUCCAUGGGAGGGCUACCAACGCGCAGGGCUCGUAACUUCAGAAGAUCUUACCCUCAUCAAAAGAAUUGGAAAUAAUAAGGCUCGAAACGAGUCGAUCUUGCUGUCAGAUGGCCAGACAUACGCGCUGCUCUACUUGCGACUUCUGAAGAAGCUCCAGAGAAUCGAUACUAUGCAAUGCCUCCUCGUCCUGAUCGCCGAAGCUCUCACAGACCACGAGGAGCGCAUACCUCUGUUCUUCCGAACAUCAGAGAGUGAUCCCGAGUUGCCCUAUGUACCCCUCCUUAGGUGUCUGGAUACUCAAGAUGAGUUCAUUCAGCUCAAGACAACUCAAAUCCUCACUGUCUUGCUCAGCACAGAUCCCUCUCCUAUUUCCCAGCACCUACAGCCUUUCCUACGGACAUUGUCUGCAUUGAUACAGUCUCAGAGUUCAAACAGGCGGGAUGUGGCAGUUCAAAGUCUUGAAGCGCUUUUGGCGAAGCGAUCGACCCGAAAUGCCGUCUGGGCGCAGCCAGGCAUAAUCAGCGGUCUGAUCGAGAUCCUUAAGCAACGCCCAGGGCCUCAGAUGAGCUAUCAAGUUGUGCUCUGCCUUUGGCUAUUGUCCUUUGAGCAAGAAAUAGCGGAGAACAUCCAGAAGAAAUACGACGUUAUCCCCCAACUGACUGACGUCGCCCAGGGUGCCGUAAAGGAGAAAGUCACCCGCGUUGUUGUUGCAACGUUUAGAAAUCUGGUUACCAAAGCACCAUCUGCGAAUCUGCCAGCGAUGCUCGUUGCAGAGUUGUUACCUUUCGUCAAGAACCUUUGCACAAGGAAAUGGACGGACGAGGAUAUCAUCGAGGAUAUUCAAUUCCUCAAAGAUGAACUCACGGCGAACUUCCAAAGCCUCACAACAUAUGACGAAUAUACAUCUGAACUUUCUUCUGGGCACUUGUCGUGGACUCCUGUUCAUGAAUCUGACGACUUCUGGAAAGAAAACGCCACCAAAUUGAACGAUAAGGAUCGCGAGCAGCUCAAAAUACUCGUGAAGCUUUUGAUCAACUCUUCCGACCCCCUCGUACUUGCGGUUGCAGCUCAUGACAUCGGACAAUACGUCAAACACUAUGAACGCGGCAAGAAGUUCGUCACGGACCUCGGAGGAAAGACACGCGUUAUGGACUUGAUGACCCACGAAGACCCGGAUGUACGGUAUCGUGCCCUGAUCUCAGUCCAGCAGCUCGUCAGCCAACCUUGGGUAAUUGCGUGA